GAUCCGCUGAGCUGGAUCGCCUCGUCCACUCCCGCAGUUGUAGCCUCUCUGCUUCUCUGCGUGCUACUACACUUCUCCCACCAUUCGUGUCUGCGGUUCCCUCUUCCACUCGACAGUCUACCGCUGUUCUAUUCCCUCUCACGCCUCGUCGCUCGUGCGCAGUCUCAUUCGUGCGUCUGACCGUCCCGAUCUCUGGGGCAGAUGCGUUUGAUACCCACAGAUCCCGUCUGCCGUAUCUCUCCAUCUGUGCCUCUUUUCGCUUCAAACCAAACAUGACUUCGCCGACAUAGGUGAUGCUUCAGCAAAGCUCCCAGCACCGCGGAGGGGGCGGCGCUCAUGUCCGGGUGCACUCAAACGCAUCGUCCAGAGCCAGCUCAACCGCAGAUGAUGCGCGACGGUCAGGCCUGAAGUCGGACUUGGACGGUCUCAGGACGCCGUAUGGAAGUGAUGGUGGACCUGCUGAUGUCGAUGCACGUUCUGAAAUGUCGGCUGGCUCUGCUGAAAGCUCAGUGCAGCAAGUUGCGACAUGCACGAUCCCACCAGUUGGCUUCCCUCCGCGACCAGCUCAAUACGCCAGAAACAGAAAUGCUUUGCCUUGGCCGUCAGACGCAGGCGGUGACGGUGCUUCAGGAGUGGAUGGCCGGGCCCAAAAUUUUGAGCCGCCUCUCGUGUCGCUAGUAUACCCCAACGGAAAAAGCGCGGACUACAAUCCUUGGACUGGGAAUGGUCCUGAAGAUACGUUAUCGGAACAAACUGUCAAGUCAGGAUUCCUAAACAAGCCCACGAUAACGAACGAGUCUAACACUGCACGACCGUCGAUCUGGAACCCUCUGAAGCACAAAUCUGGCUUACAAACGCUCUCAUCUCUCUUCGUUGCUAUACUGGAGAAGAGACAGGGCUCAGGUCGCUUAACUGCCACCUCAACCUUCAAACCUCCCCCGCGCGUUUCUCUAACAAACACAAAGCGGGAAGCAUGGCUGUCUGAUUUGGCAAAUCCAGCAUGCGCGCUACGACGGUUUAACCGCACUAUUCCAUAUGGAAUCAACGGCAAGGGCUUAUUGGAGCAGUGCCUGGCAAAAGAAAUCCCUACCGCUCGCGCAAUCUGGCUGGCAAAGUGCAUUGGUGCAAACGAACUCCGCACACUAAAGAGAAAAGGCGUGACUGGUGCCCUCGGAAUCAGCGCAGAGCAAAAAUGGGUACGGGAAUGGACUAUGCACGUCGAGCAAUUUAUUGACGCAACAAUUUCCUCACGUUCGGAUCAAUCAUGGAGAGUAAAAAUGCAAUACGUUGUUCGAUUGACGUAUCAUCUCUACGUCGAGCAGCUUCUUGAUCAGGACCAUUUCCUAGAUUGGAUCAUGUCGUCUUUUGAAGGCAGCAGUGUUGAGCGUCUUCCGCUGUGGCUCGUUCAUGUCCAAUUGUACUGGCGAUUCCUCACAUCAACGCGGAAGCGAGGACGAAGACUAGCAGAAGCGGUGUGUAACAGCCUCCAUCAGAUUGAGGCAGAUGAGGAAAACGCUGAUUUGCUUGCUCCCAUCUCCCAACGACUUAGGCUGUUACUUGGUACGUUGGCUAGCUCGCAUGCAGGGUGCCUGAUCAUCCCAAAAAGUUGGACAAGAUUUGAACCACUGGUUCGCAGUAUGACCUUGCGGGCUGACCUCGCCUCCGCUGUGGCAAGCAUUAUCGAACGCAACAAUCGAUUGGCGAAACCCCUCUGGGAACAGAACCCGCGAUCGACGGUGUCCCCCAAACGACGUGCAUUUGAAAUCUUAGACAAGGCCGAUGCAGACGCGUCCAUCCCAGAAGUAUGCUCAAAGCUUUAUGGUGCCCUCUCAUCACCAGAGGAUGUCGUCAAGCUUGUAUUAGAAUGGUGCUCGUCAGCUUACCGUCAAGGUUCUCAUAGGGUUUACCUAGCUUCGCGGAUUUUGAGGCGCUAUGCCCUAAUUGGUGUUGACAUCGAAGGCUAUAUACUGACCUUCAUCAUGGAUCCGCCCUCAAAUGCCAACAUUGACGUUCACAACGUUAUCAAAGUCGUCGCUGAAUUGGUCCGAGCGAAGUCUUUUGCCGUACUUAAGGUGCUUCGUGCUGUUAUCGCCCGAGGCGCGAUGUCUGACAGUGAACACAGUCCCCAGUCUGCAUCCAGAUUGCGAGAACUUGUCCGCGGUAUUCCUACGGUAGGACUGCCACAACAUGUUGGUGAUCUUCAGCGCAAUUUACUUCGAGAAGCCAAUGAACCUGGCCUAUCUAAACUUCAACCUGUGGCUAUUCUAAAAGAGCGUGUAGAAGAGGCCAUUUUUGGGCGUUCAGAGGACAAAUGGUCAGAGAAAGAGGAAAAGCUUCUCCAUGGUCUGUCUAUCGCCGAGAGAUUCGAGCUCAGUGCAUUCGUGAGAAAUGAAUACUCUCGACUGACCAAGGCUUAUGUCGAGACUGGAUCUUCAUUGCCAGGUUCGACCCGCCCUUAUCUCACCGCGAACAUGUUCGAAUCCGCCAGAUAUCUCCUCGAGACGGUCGAAGACUUUCCAAUUCUCGCCGAUGUCAUCGGCAUCUGCUUGCGACAGUGUCAUCAUGACAUACUUGUUGCUGCGAUCGAUACAAUCCGCUCCCAUAUAGGAAACUUUGCCGCAAUAGGUGCAUUACGCCCGCUCGUAUUGUCUGCUGUGGAGAGAUAUCAUAUAUUCCGGAAUGAAAUGCCGUUGGAGAAGGGGUAUUUAUCCUCAUUGCUCAAUCUCUUGACCAGUGUUAAGAGUGAACUAGCCCUUAUCCAACAGGUCACGUAUGAUCUUGCAAGAUGCGACCAGCGCAACGCCUUGGCAAUAUGUUCACCCGCAUCUGACAAUGCGUUGGAUCUUGUUGCGUCAAGCUCAUUGGAAUCAGAGGAAGAGAUAGACCGUAUACUAUCUAGUGGCACUACGAUGGACGAGCAAAGCAUUACCAGAGUUUUUCAACGAAUAACAACGCACUUGACGACACCAUUGAAGGCUCGAGUUAAAGCUCAGUGGUUUCCUCGCUUACGAGCUUUCGAUGAGUCAACAUUUGAUACCUUGCUCAGUGAAUGGGUCACCCGUUUACUGCAAUCUAUGACGGAAGACAUCUGCUGCAAAGUUUUGACCAUGCUUCUUGGUUCUGGGGCCUUGUCAUUUGAGAGGCUGUCACAAAUUGAGAGAAAGAUUCGGGAGCAAUCCGUUUUAUCAACGGAAGCGAAUUGCAAGCUCUCCAUUGUGGUCGUAUCGGUGCUCCUUCUUCCCGGAAACAUGAACAAGCUUGAGGAUUUCAAUGUGAACUACAAAUUCAGGCUGAACCAGAAGGAUUUCACCAAAAAGCAUGUGGAUACGGUAUUGCAGCAUCUGGCAAUUGCUUUGAGCAAUCUCGACCAUGACUCAACGUAUCCUUGCAUUGACACACUUGAGAAGGUAUUGCGAAACGACGCCGUGAAAGAGUUCCUUCUUGGCUGCGCCAUCGAUCACAAGAGACAGCUUCAAGAGCAUGUCAUGAAUCGGACACUCACACAACGCGGAAGUGCAUUGCUCAAGGAUAUUAUUGAAGAGCUUCUGAAUCAUCAAGGGCAAAUCUCGGCUAGUUUGUCCAGCCAAGAGAAGAUUCCACAGCUCGUCAAGAUGGUAGGCGAGCUCUCACUUCCGUUGUGCCAGCUUGAGAUGCAACUGCUUCUCAACAAUGGAAUUAGGGCUUCAGAAGGAUCAACGGAGAUAGCCACAUCACUCUUUGAGGCAAUCAUGCGUAGCCCCGAUUCAGAGCGCCCACCGUGGCUCGACCUUAUGGAUGGUCUCGAUCCCGCGCUGCUGGUCCGUUUACGCGCUAUUGCCGAGAUGCAGGUACUAAAGAUCGUCAAUGAUUGCUGUACACGUAUCAAGGGUGAAGGCAACGACGUCGAUCACUUUCAAUUGCUUCGAAUUCGUACCCUUCUCAGAAGACUGCUCUAUAUUGUGGACUCUACUGUGAGCACACAAGUUGUGCCACAAUCAGUACCUCAGACUGCGCAAGGAGACGUAGAUUCGCCCGUACAGGAUAGAUUUGGAAUGAUUCGGGAAUUGCUAGCCAAGUACUUUGCUGGCGAUGUGGACAGCAGGCCUUUAUCACGCAUGGCAUCCGACUUGUCCUGUUGCCUCCUCAACGCUCUUCUACAUCUCCUUGUUGUCCGGAAGCUUACGUCCGAGAGCUCGAAGUCCUCACCAGCAGACGUUGCGUCCUUACUUCCUAUUCUCUUCUCUGUAUUCACACAUGCGGCUCUCAGUUCAUCUCGAAGCACAACAGAGUUCCUUUACGACACCACAGCGUAUAUCUCUGAUGAGCUUACGGACGAGUAUCGAAAUGUGCUUAUACGUUCAGAGAUCCCGAAGUAUCCAAAUGAAAGGAGGGUCUCAUUCAUUCUCGCUCCACCACCAUCUGUAGAUGCCUGGCUUGGUCUGGUGACCACACGGCAACAGCCCCAGACUCCUUCAACACCGACGACCACCACAAUCCAGCAAGCGCCUCCUGCGCGUUUCGGUGCACAGCAAGGCUCACCUCGUCUACCUCUGCAGAUUCCUCGGCCUCCUACGCCACAGAGGCAGAGCACCACAGCGACGGCGCAGCCCCAAAAGUCAUUCAACGCCCCCGUUCCAUUCCAUCUGCGAAGAUGGGAACUCCUACCAGAUCCGGGCAGUAGCACGACUGCCAAUGAUACAUCAAUCAGCCUCUCACUCAUGGGCGCGAGGAGAGUCUGACACAGUACAGCCCGUGUCGGGCGUGUACUGCAUCCUACCUAACGUCACGAGCUUCUUUCUGUCAUUACUUCUGCACGCCAAAUUUUUUUAUUAUUUUUUUUGUUCUUGCGGAAGGAGAGCAUAGCGCUUUGAACUGUCAUAGCAUUUUGUAAAUGGCGUUUGCAUUUGUUCGCUGUUCACGUACAGAAGUCUGCAGCAGAAUUCACUUGGAUACAUUAUGAUUUUGUAUUGUUUAGCGUAGCACCCUGAUGACGAACGAAUGAGGAUUAAGGUUUCAUAGCGAGUUAGGGAGGUAGUGGGCAGGUUGGGUGGCUGUCAUGAUUCAUAACUACAAGGAUGAAAUCUUUGCAAGGACGAUGUGAAUUUGGGCCAACGGAUAGGAUGUACGAGAUAUUACUUGGGCAAAGCGUAGAGCUCAACGCACCGCGAAAGAUUUAUAUAGUAUUCUACUCGACCAGAGGAUCGUUUAAAUAUACAAGUGCAUCUCAGCUUCCA